AUGGCCAUCUAUAUGAAAAGUGAAGAGAUUUUAAAUUAUUACCAAAAGAAGAUAGCCGAUGAAGAGUCUGGACGGGAAUGCGUAAAGAUUUCUCAGCUGUUCUCCAACGCUUCUAUUUGGAUCGCUCGCGUGACGAAGUUUGAACCACCGCGAGUACACUAUGCAAUAUCCAGAGAUUUCCACAGAUACGUUCAUAGUUGGACUCAAUACGCCUAUGUCGCUAAUGUGAGAAGAGCCAACCAAUGGAUUCCCAGUGCGAAAGAAUCAGAUUACUGCUUGAAACUCCUUGCUGGAUCCGAUACCUCUGAUGGUGUCUGCUUGCUGGACGAUCAUUGUUCGCGAAUUGUAAAGAGUGGCUCAGACAUCGGAUAUGCUUUGUGCCAUAGAGCACUGCUACUGCUAAUGGCAAGGAACAGCAAAUAUUGCAGCAUACUCUCACCAGGCCAGGACAGUGACUUGCUUGACUCCUUCUGCUCUAUGAGCUAUGCUGAGGCGGAGUACAUCGCACACCACGACUUUGGACUGGUAGAUCUGAUGUUGGAACACAUCAGUAUCUGCAUUUUACACGGCCGCACAGAGUUUCUGCGUCGUUCGUGGCUGAACAAUAUUCUAGAAUUUCAAACUGCCUACGGAUGUUUCAGCCAGAGCAUCACCGAUGUAGAAGAUGAUAACAACGAUCUUCUAGAAGGAAGGUGCAGCGGGCACACUACCGCUUUAGCUACUAGUGUUCUAGCAGGUGCUGUGCGGUAUAUUAUAUUGGAACAAUAUUAA